AUGGCGGACUACGGUCUCGUCACACAAGAACAGGAUGCAGAUACGGGGACUGCUUCCGCUGGACAAAAUGGCGUAAGGUUCAUUUCUCACAACUAUUCCUGUGCUGUUACAGGAUAUGAGGAUUUCCCCUCUCCUACAGUUUAUGCUCCAAAGCUUCCCUCUGUGUCAGUGAGUCCCUCUGGUGAAAUCAUUGAGGGCAGUUCAGUGACUCUGACCUGUAGCAGUGAUGCUAACCCUGCAGCUAAAUACACCUGGUACAAGGAGAAUGUAAAUCCAGACCUUCAACCUCUCAGUAAAGAACCACAGCUUGUCUUCAGCUCCAUCCAGUCCUCUGACUCUGGAGAGUAUUCCUGUACAGCUGAGAACCAGCUGGGGAAGAAGACAUCUGAAUACAUCUUUAUUGAUGUGAAAUAUGCUCCAAAGCUUCCCUCUGUGUCAGUGAGUCCAUCUGCUGAAAUAGUGGAAGGCAGUUCAGUGAAUCUGACCUGUAGCAGUGAUGCUAACCCAGCAGCUAAUUACACCUGGUACAAGGAGAACCAAACACUGCUUCAAAGGUCAGAAGGACAUUUUCAUUUCACCUCCAUCAGCUCUGAGGACAGAGGGCUCUACUACUGCAAGUCUGAGAAUAAAUAUGGAAAGAUCAACUCUUCAUUUCUAUUCAUUGAUGUCCAGUAUGCCCCAAAGCUUCCCUCUGUGUCAGUGAGUCCCUCUGCUGAGAUAGUGGAGGGCAGUUCAGUGACUCUAACCUGUAGCAGUGAUGCUAACCCAGCAGCUAAUUACACCUGGUACAAGAAGAAUGUAAAUCCAGACCUUCAACCUCUCAGUAAAGAACCACAGCUUAUCUUCAGCUCCAUCCAGUCCUCUGACUCUGGAGAGUAUUACUGUACAGCUGAGAACCAGCUGGGGAAGAGGACAUCUGAAUACAUCUUUAUUGAUGUGAAAUAUGGUCCAAAGCUUCCCUCUGUGUCAAUGAGUCCCUCUGCUGAGAUAGUGGAGGGCAGUUCAGUGAAUCUGACCUGUAGCAGUGAUGCUAACCCAGCAGCUAAUUACACCUGGUACAAGGAGAAUGAAGACUCACCAAAAGCAUCAGGACAGAUAUUCACCAUCACUGAUGUCAGACCUGAACACAGUGGGAAUUAUUACUGUGAAGCCCAGAACAGAAGAGGACGUCAUAACUCCACCUUACAUCUGACUGUUAUGAAAGGGAAAUCACUAUUAAUGAUGAUCAUCAUUGGGUUGAUUCUGGUGGUCCUGCUACUGAUUCCUCUGCUUCUCUUGAUUCUGCGGAUGAGGAAGAAGAAAGCUCUGAGCUCCACCACUGAACUGAAUGAACCUGUGGAGACUAUAGAGCUGGACUCUUGUCCCGUGUAUGAGAACGUCUCAGACUUGCAGGUCAACACUGGAGCAGAGACAGAUGACGAAGAGAUCUACGAAAACCUGAAGAAGAAGAAAGCUCUGAGCUCCACCACUGAACUGAAUGAACCUGUGGAGACUAUAGAGCUGGACUCUUGUCCUGUAUAUGAGAACAUCUCAGACUUGCAGGUCAACACUGGAGCAGAGACAGAUGACGAAGAGAUCUACGAAAACCUGAAGUAA